AUGAAUAAUUAUAAUUUCAAAGUUAAUUAUUGGAUCUGUACUUAUUACUACAAUUUUCAAGCUCUUCUAUUAUUUCUUGACAAAAAUAAAGAUAUUGUUUCUGCUUUCCAGUUCUCUCCAUGGUGUCUUAUUCAGUCUUUUUGUAAGUAUAUAAUUGAAAGACUUGAAGUUAAUGAUUUCAAUGAAAAUGUUAAUAUAACUCUUUACUUCGCCACCAAAUGUAUUAGUGUAAAGUCUAUUCAGAUACUUCUUAAUAAUGGAAUUGAUGUAAACAGAAGUGGGAUGAAUGGUGCAACUGUUCUUCAUUAUGCAGUUGAAAAUUCAAACUUUGAAGUUAUAAAAUAUUUAGUUGAAAAUGGCGCAGAUGUAAAUGCUAAAGAUAAUACUGGACAAACUCCUUUAUAUAUAGCUGCGGGAAUAGGCAAUGAAAAUAUCAUAAAAUAUCUUAUUGAAAAUGGAAGCGAUGCUAAUACACGUAAUAAAACUGAUGAAACUCCUCUUCACAAGGCUGUAUCAUCAGGUAUAAUUAAAGCUGUCCAAGUUCUUUUAGAGCACAGAGUUGAAAUUGAUCCUGUAUCCAUUUAUAAUCAAACACCUCUUCAAAUUACUGUCUCUUAUAGUCAUUAUGAAAUUGCAAGUUGUUUAAUAAAUAAUGGAGCGGAUGUUCAUCGCAAAGAUAGAAAUGAAUGGAAUAUAAUUCAUACAGCAGUAUCUAAUAAUAAAACACCAGAAGAUUUUAUUAAAUUACUUCUUGAUCAUCAAGUUGAUGUUAAUUGCUCGACAGGCUAUCAAGAUACACCACUUCAUAUUGCAGCCUCGAAUGGCCAUAGUAACUUUGUUAAAUUAUUAAUUUCCCAUGGAGCAAAUGUCCAUGCAAAAAAUCGCUUAAGUUAUACUCCACUUCAUAUUGCAGCAAAAUAUGAUUCUCUUGAAGUUGCCAGAAUAUUAGUAGAAAAUGGAGCUGAGAUAAAUACAAGAAAUCUUAAUGGAUUCACUCCACUCUAUUUUGCCACCAAAGACAGUAACGUUUAUAAUUACCUUGUAUCAAAAAAUGCAAUUUUAUAA